GGCUAAAUUUCUCCUUUCGUUCUCUUUAGCUAGAAACAACGAAAAUUCUACGGUGGCAUUAUUUUUUUAAUAAUGGGCAACAUCUUCUCGAUCUCUAUAUCAUGUGAUGGCAUUCUUUCUGGCUGCUGGGAUUGUACUGCUGGGCAAGCAGCAUACCUAUGUAUGCUGAAAUCCAACCUUCAUGAUCUGCAAACUGCUUUAGAAGAAUUAGCAGAUCAAAAGAAUGAUGUGCAGAGAAGGGUUGAGAAUGCUGAGCAGCAACAGCAUUUGAAACGUUUAGACCAAGUACAGAGAUGGAUAUCAAGGGUGGAAGCCAUGGAAGCUAAAGUCAGUAGCUUGGUAAGAGAUAAAGAUAAUAGCACUCAAAAAGUUGAGAAAUUGUGUAAAUUUGGAGGUGGGUUAUUCAGUAACUGCAAAACCCAAUACAAGUUUGGGAAAAAAUUGACUAAAUUUUUGGUGGAAGUGAAUGCUUUGCAGAGGAGGGGAGUUUUUGAAGUUGUGGCUGAAAGGGUACCUGCAGCUAUAGUGUAUGAAAGAAGUACUGAACCAACUGUGGGCAUGGACUCAACAUUUGGCAAGGUUUGGGGUUACCUCGAAGAAGAGCAAGUGGGAAUUAUUGGCUUGUAUGGCAUGGGAGGUGUAGGUAAGACUACCCUUUUGACCAAGAUCAACAAUAACUUCCUCCAUACCCCCAAUGAUUUUGAUCUUGUGAUUUGGAUAGUGGUCUCUAAGGAUCUAAAGCUUGAAAAUAUUCAAGAUAGCAUUGGGGAAAAGACAGGGUGUUGUGAUGACUCAUGGAAGGAUAAAGAUUACCUUAGAAAAGCUGAAGACAUUUUCAGGGUCUUAAAAUCAAAGAAAUUUGCAUUGCUAUUGGAUGAUAUAUGGGAGAGGGUUGAUUUAGCCAAAAUUGGGGUUCCUAUUCCUGACAGACAGAAUAAGUCCAAGCUAGUAUUCACAACUCGCUCUGAGGAGGUGUGUAGCCGUAUGGGUGCUCACAAAAAGAUUAAGGUAGAGUGUUUGGCAUGGGACAGAGCAUGGACUUUGUUUCAAGAGAAGGUGGGUGAAGAAACACUUUAUAUUCAUCCAGAUAUCCCUAAACUAGCAGAAAUCGUCGCCAAAGAGUGUGACGGUUUGCCAUUAGCUCUAAUUACAGUUGGUCGGGCCAUGGCUUGCAAGAAGACACCCCAAGAAUGGAAUCAUGCAAUUCAAGUUCUAAAAAGAUCUGCCUCUGAAUUUUCAGAAGAUUUUCUCAUUCACAAAAGAAGAUUAAUAUAUUGUUGGGUUGGUGAGGAAAUUUUGGAUGAGUAUGAUGACAUAACUGGAGCUCAAAACCAAGGGUAUGAUAUUAUAGGUACUCUGGUUAAUGCAUGUUUAUUGGAAGGUAGAGAAGAUUAUGUGAGAAUGCAUGAUGUGAUUCGUGACAUGGCAAUGUGGUUGGCUUGUGAAUGUGGGAAGGCCAAGGAGAAUUUCCUGGUGCAUACAGGUGCUCAUUUGAUUGAAGCUCCCGAUUUCGAAAAAUGGAAAGGUGUGAAAAGGAUGUCACUAAUGGCUAAUCAGAUUGAGAAUCUAGUAGAAAGAUCCAUAUGCCCUAGUUUGUCUACCCUGUUUCUCACUAAUAAUCGUUUGAAAAUGAUAAGUGAAGGCUUCUUUCAGCAUAUGCCCAGUUUAAGAGUCUUGGACCUGUCAGAAAACAAGGGUAUAACUCAUUUGCCAAUGGGAAUAUCAAAAUUGAAGUCGCUACAAUAUCUCAAUCUAUCGCAAACGGGCAUAAGAGAUUUGCCAAUUGAGUUGAAGGCCUUAGACAAGCUCAAAUAUUUGAACCUGGAGUUUACCAGUAAAUUGAAUAUGGUUCCAAGGAAUGUAAUUUCAAGUUUUCUGAUGCUGAGGGUGUUGAGAAUGUAUGAUUGUGGUUCAUCAGACGAUAUUCUAUUUGGUGGAGAAGAAUCUUUAGUAGAGGAAUUGGUGUGUUUGAAACACUUGGAUGUGUUGACUAUCACCAUAAGGUGUGUCUCUGCUUUCAAAAGAUUCUUCACCUCCCCCAACUUACUGACCUGCACUCAAGUUCUAUGCCUUGAGUCCUUCACCUGUGUGAGCUCCCUUGACAUAUCGCCGUUGACAAACAUGAAACAUCUGGAUAUCCUUAAUAUUUGUGAUUGCGAAAGCAUGGAAGAUUUGAAAAUUGAUUUGGUUCAGGAUGGAGCGGCUGCACAAGCACCUAACGGUCCUUGCAACUCAAUCACAAUGAUCAAAAGUUGCUUCCACUGCCUUCAGCGGGUAAGUGUGUAUGAGUGCCCCAAACUAAAGGACUUAACAUGGCUUAUUUUUGCUCCAAAUCUUGUAACUAUAGACAUACAUGACUGCCCUGAAAUGGAACAAAUAAUCAACUGUGGGCAAUUGAGCAAAGUUGAGGAAGUGGUAGAAGAUUUGAGUUCAUUUGCAAAACUUAACAACCUGAUAUUGAUCAAUCUGCCACAGUUGAAGAGCAUAUAUGCAAAUGCAUUGCCGUCUCCAUAUCUGAAGACAAUUGUUGUAUUUAACUGUCCCCAACUGAGGCAGCUCCCAUUGGAUUCCAGUGCAAGCAAACGUCAUAUCGUCAUCGAAGGAGAGGAAGACUGGUGGAAUGAGUUAGAAUGGGAGACAGAAGCUACUCGAAAUGAUUUUCUUUCCUCCUUCAGAAAUUUAAAGCUUUAACAUAACUGGCAAUUGCUGUAUUAGUGUUCCUUUCAUGCCAUGAUAUGUUUGCUCCCUUCUGUACAUAUAUCUUUACUAAAGAAGGAAUUGAUAAAUGCUAUAGUCGUAGCUUUGUCAAAAGUUGAAGAAUAGUGAAUGGUAAACAAUCUCAGUACAGGGUAAACAAGUUUCUGACUUAAAUAUGUAGGAAUUUUUUAAAAUUAAAAAAAAAAAAAACUGAAAUAUCUAGAAUUAAUUUGUACCAAAUAAUGCAUGGGAGAUUCUUCAAUAAGUACAUAAGUUAAGGAUUACUUAAAUAUAUCUAAUCUUGGCCGUUGAAUUGCAUUCAUUAGACUAAUUCUUAACAUAAAAUACUUAUGUAAGAAUUUUCCAAUAAUGCAUAUAUAAUAUAAUAUCAGAUCGAAUU